UAGGCCAUUUGUCGGUUUCUCAAUCUUUGUCUACUACAACGUAUUGUUUCUCAAUGAAAAGUAUGGGGGCAGAACAGUCGGCUUUAUUGGCUUCCACUCAAUUUGGACAGCCCGAAGGUACCUUGGAACUGGUAAAUUCUGAAUUGUUUUUUAAUUUGUAUUUCGAGAAAAUGCCCGAGCCCAAGACGGGUCCUGUUACACAAGCCCUACUGCGUUUGGUGGAAAACAUGCCCGAAAAAGACGAAACUUUUGUGAAUCCAGCUUCAACGCAAACGAAUAGGAGUCCAGGCAAAAAUGGGGAGGAGGAUGGGGAUCUCCACCACAGUGAUAGCAGCGAGGGCGGCUUCGUUAUGGAUUCCCUUGCAACCGUAAAUGGCUACGAGGAUCGCAUUGAGUUGGAGCCCCUGCAGAUAGCCGAAUUCGAGUCCAUGAAUGAGUAUGAUUUAAUCGCCGAGCCAGUUGACCCUUGUCCAUUGCAAGAUGUCCUCCCUAUUUUCGAGGUGGAUGUGGAGGACUUUUGAGCAAAGGAACAAAAUAUUAAUACAAAAUAUGAAUUUAUUUACAAAAC